AUUAACAUAGCUGUUGUUCACCACCCCCAGGUCUUGUUUGCCACCCACAAUACUUGUGUAACACCCACAAUUCUUGUUUGCCACCCUAAGCUCUCGUUCCCCUACUUAGUUGUUGUUCACCAUCCCCAGCUCUUGUUUACCUCCCUCAGCUAUAAUUGUUCACCACCCUGGGUUAUUUUUACCACCCUAGCUGUUCUCUUGUUCGCCACCCUUGGUUUUUGUUUACCACCAGCAGGUCUAGUUUGCCACCCUCCGUUCCGGUUUACCACCCACAGAUCUUGUUUACCACUUCCAGCCCUUGUUCACCACCCUCAGCUCUUGUUUACCACUCCCAAUACUUGUUUACCACUCACAAUUCUUGUUUGCCAACCUCAACUUUUGUUAACCACCUUAAGCUCUUCUUCACCAGCCGAAGCUCUUGUUGUUGUUAACUGCUCUCGGAUCUUGUUAACCACUCUCGGCUCUUUUUUACCACCCUAG